AUGGAGGAAGAUGCUGUGAGGAAGAGGAAGAUGUCCCAGGACACCCAGGCAGACAAGGAGCUGAGGAUGGAGACCAGGGAGGACAAAUCCCCACAGCAGAAGCUCAUAGAGGAGGCUGUUUUGAGCAGCUCCACAGUGCAGGAAUCCAAUGGGGAGGAAAAUCCCCAGAGAUCCUGCAGGAGGAGGGGCUCCAAACCCAUCCCAGGGUGCUCUGAGGAGGAAAGACCCACCCUAUGCUGGGAAGGCGGCCGGAGAUCCAGCCAGGGCUCUGAGCUGGUGGUCCAUGAGCAGCUUCAGGAUGGGGAGAAGCCCUACAAGUGUUUGGAGUGUGGGAAGAGCUUCAGCCGGAGCUCACUCCUGAUCCGCCAUCAGAUGAUCCACACUGGGGAAUGGGCCUAUGAGUGUGGGGAAUGUGGGAAGGGCUUCAGCUGCAACUCCAAACUCAUCAUCCACAUUGGGGAGAGGCCCUACGAGUGUUCUGAGUGUGGGAAGAGGUUUCACAGCAGCUCCCAUCUCCUAAGGCACCAGCCGAUUCACACGGAUGAGAGGCCCUUCCGCUGCCCUGACUGUGGGGAGGGCUUCAAGCGAAACUCCCACCUCGUCAGGCACCAGCGCAUCCAUACUAGGGAGAGGCCCUACGAGUGUGGGGAAUGUGGGAAGAGCUUCAGCCGGAGCUCCAGCCUAAUCCGCCACCAGAGGAACCACACAGGGGAACCUCCCUAUGAGUGUGAGAAAUGUGGGAUAACCUUCAGAUGGAGGUACCAGCUGACCAUCCACCAGCGCAUCCACACUGGGGAGAGGCCCUACGAGUGUUCUGAGUGUGGGAAGAGGUUUCAGACCAGCUCCCAUCUCCUCCAGCACCAGCGGAUUCACACGGAUGAGAGGCCCUUCCGCUGCCCCGACUGCAGGAAGGGCUUCAAGCACAACUCCAACUUCAUUACGCACCGGCACAUCCACACUGAGGAGAGACCCUACGAGAGUCCCCAGUGUGGGAAGAGCUUCACACAGAGAUCUCACUUGAACCAGCACCAACAGAGGCACCAGUAA